GCCGGGUUGGGGUGGAGUGGGGGUGCCGAAGAUUAGAGGGUGAGGCUGUUGUUAAAUGUAUACAAACUAGAAAAUAGAAAUAGAAAUAGAAGCGGAAGAAGGAGAAGAAGAAGAAGAGACGACCUGCUUUUUGGUGGAGAGAGAACCUGAUGCCCCUGUGAUGUGUGAGUGGGUGGUGCUGUUUUCUCAACUGUUGUGUUGUUGCUGCUAGAAGCCUGAAACCCAACCCUCUCUCUCUCUCUCUCUCUCUCUCUAAACGACUUCAACUCUCUUUCCCUCUUUCUUCAUCGGAUUUUCAUGUAGAACCCAUCAGGAGAAGCUACAGGAAGUGGUGGUGGUGGCGGUGUAGUGGUAAGGCUGGUAGUGUUUGGUUUGGAGGUCUGAGGCCUUUGUUAUGCUGGGGACGAAGUCUACGAUAAGGGCGAAUCGUAGCCAAAGCACUCUUGUGACUGUUGCCAAAACAGCACAAGAAGAGGGAAGUUUUUCUGCCGAUGUUAUCCGUCGAAAACCCUCCAGAUCCCUCAUGUUCUGGCAAGAUUUCGCAUCUGAAAACUGAUGAAAGGGCUUCUGAUAGGCGUGCCUUGCAAGAGGCAGAUCUGCUAAAAAAGAAGCAUCUUGGUGAUACUGUUAGUAAUAAUCAGCUCCCCAAGUUCUCUAUAAGAGAUUAUGUUUUUGCAAAUCGGAGCAAGGAUAUUUGUGCCAACUGGCCUUUUCCGAAGCCGUAUUUGCAACUUUGCUUGAACCAUGGAAUCAAGGAUCCGUUGCCACCAUUUGACACUCCUGAUUCUGUAAGAAAACGGUGUUCCAGCAAGGCUUCUCUAGGAUCCGAUCAACUUGGAAGAAAAUGUGUAGGGGAAGUUGGUUCACUUGGGAGGGAAAACGCUAUUGAUCUACGUGGGGAUUCUUGUGCACCAUUUGAUCCAUCGAUUUUAGGCUCUGCAGAUGAAGUUCCAUUUCUAGUACAGGAGCAGCAGAAGGUAACGGUUUCCAAAGAAGUUGAUUUGUACCAACCGGAGACGGGUUUGGAUCAAUGUGAAGAUGGAAAUAGCCCAUCAAAGGUGAAGAGUCAUGCCCAACUCGGGAGUGAGUCAUCUCCGACUAGUAGGUUCCCUUUCUCAGACCCAGAAGCUAACACUUUGCCAGAGGACUCGGUAGAACUUGAGGUUGCAGAACCUUCUUGCACUUCCCCCAAGCCUGGAAUAGCAACUGAACCAAAGGGUAAGAAGUGCAGAUUGAUAGUUAAAUUGGGUAGCAUCUCUAAUUUCGGUAACACCGAAGACCACACAUUGAGCACUACUACUAUAUCAGACUCCAUGGCUUCAAAAGUUUGCCCUGUUUGCAAGACGUUCUCAUCUACUUCAAACACCACAUUGAAUGCUCAUAUUGACCAGUGUCUUGCUGUGGAAUCCACUUCCAAGUUGACUGUCAAUUCUAAACUAAGCAAACAUAGCGUGAAACCGAGGAAAAAGAGGUCAAUGGUGGACAUCUGUGCAUCCGCUCCACGUUGUACCCUUGAAGAUCUUGAUAGGAGGAAUGGCUCAAAUUGGGCUGCAGAUUCAAGCAUGCCUUCUGGAAAUGUCAAAGUUCGCACUGAAGGGAAAAAACAAAGGCUGUUUCACAUGUCUCUUGAGGACAAUGACAAUGAAGAAGAUGGUGCAGUCUAUUUUGAUUCUAAUGGCACAAAGCUUCGGAUUCUUUCUAAAUUUAAGGACCCACCGUCAUCAACAGUUGGAGAGGAUUUCAGACACAGGAAGCAUAUGAAAGAUGGUAAAGAUACCAAGAACUUUUCUACCGUAAAGAGAAGACAUCUUGCACCCAGACAUUCCAAGUUCCCAAAACUAAAGCCUCAGACUGAGUCACUCCCUCAAAAUCCAGAUAGGGCUGAGAUAUGUGAGGCCGCAGGAGGGAAUUAUGGGAUGGAGGCAAGUCUCAAGAAAAAACAAUCUCUUUCUGAACUCCUGAAAGUUCAUGAUAGGAUCAAACCCAGUGAGUCAGGUGCUGUAGGACGGUGGGUAUGCUCCAAACGAACUGGGCUGUCAAAGAAAUUUUGUGGCCAAGGUGGCAGUCAUAUUCCUCACUGUUCAUCACUAGCGCCGAUGGAUCCACUGAAUGAAACUGAUCAAUCAAACUUAAGUAAUUCUUCUAUGGAGAGGAGUCAUAUUCAAUUACUUCCAAACUCAUCUGAAGAUCCCAUCUCUUCUCUUAAAAGCAAGAAGGUAGGAAGUCUCUUAUAUGGAGCCCCAGACAUUGUCAAUAGAAAGAAAUCUUCAAAACUGCGAGCUGGUGAUCUUAGUCAAUUGAGUAAAGGAAGCACUUCUUCUAAGCUUGAUGGAUGUGUGCUGAAGCUUUCAAGAUCUUCAAGAAAGCAUGCUGCUUCAUCACGAAGCAUGGGAGAUGAGUUUCAUGCAGGCCCAGUUAAAAGCUCUGAUGGUUUGCCCAAGAUGACAUCAAAAUCAUCUAGGACUUGUCAUCUUUUGUCAGAAAAAGGCAAGAAUUCCACUUGGAGGAAGAGAAUGUUGUUAGUUGGGCCAGCGUCUCCCAUAUCUAGAGUUAAUGACAAUGAAAGUCAUUUCAUCCUUAAGAAGUCUCGGAUGCACAGAUCCGUAGCAAAAACAGUGGAUCAGGUAAAAACAUUACCUUCUAAUUUGGAUGAAGAAUAUGAUCAGGGACAUAAUUUUUCUGAACAUCAAUCUGGAUGUGUAAGCCAAAUGGAAGAGACCCAUAAAUUAGACUGCUCAAGCAAUGUUUUUGAGACUGAAACAGGAGUGAUCACAGAUAGGGCGACUCUGGCCAAAGUCAAAGCACUUGAAUCUGGAGAAGGAAGACUUGUUGUAAUUGCCUCAGAAAGGGAAAAAUCAAUAGCCUUUGGUAAUUUGCACUCAGUACCCAAUUGUUGUGGUCUUAAUCUGGCAGCAACUGCAGAUUCUCAAGUUAAACGUGGUUGUUGCUGCUGUAGAGAGAAUGCACCUGAUAUGUUUGCUGGUCAAGAACCUGGUACUGAGGGUACUUGUAUUUGUGAGAAGGAUACUGUUAUUAAGCUUUCCCUGGAGAAAGCUGUGCGGAGCUCCACUAUUAGUUCAAGCAGAAACUUCUCUUCAGAACCCCAUGAGUUCAGUAAUUAUUCUGAUAUCUGGACCAAUAAUUUUCCAUCUAAUGAAAAACAUAGAAGACUUAUAUGUGGCACCAAAACACAUGGACCAACUGAACUAUGUUUUGAUGAUGAUCCGGAGAUGGAUUGGGGGGAUAAAGUUGGUAGUUGUAAUAUUGGAAAAAAUACUCAUUCAGGAUCAGAUGUGGGUCCUAAGGUUAUAGUUGAAAAUGUUGAAAACUCACUUUCUGAAGUUGAUGUAAUACCAAUCCCAGGACCACCGGGAUCAUUUUUGCCAAGUCCUGGGGGUUCGGAAGUUCUCCAGGAGAGCUCAUCACUUACUUCAAAUAGGGUUCUAUCUUCUCAAGACAUGUAUGUUCUAACCGAUAGAGACUCAUCAGGAUCUCCUGUUUCUGCAACCUCUGCCAUUUCUCAUCCUCCCAUGGAAGGAACUGAUGUAAAACAUUUGGAGCAAGAGUUGGUUGCAAGAUCUGCAAUUCAAGACAGGGUUUCUAACAUGUCAUAUCAUAGCACCAAGCCAAUAGUAAGGGAUACGGCAACAUUUUCACGUAUGAUGAGUGUGGAUGAAGCAGAAAGAACCAAUUUUGGAAGAGAGAAUGUAAAGUUCACUGUGAUCUCUCCAUCCAAGGGGUCACUGGAAUAUUCAGCUGAUCAGACAUGCUGUUGCUCAAGGAAGGAGGGUGCAUCUUGGGGUAGUGUCCUGAUGCAUGAAGAAUCAAAUUUCCCAGGUCAACCAGCCACAAUUCCUGCCAAGGUAAAGCAUCUGAGUAGGAAUCAAAGUACCCGGCCCGAAGUGCUUGCUUCUUCUAGCAUUUGCCCGAGUUCGAAAAAUAUUGAUGAGAUGAUGCCCCCCAUCCUGGAAUUGCCUAAAAGUUCUAUUGCUAUGAAAAAUUCUCAUGCAGCUUCUGUGAACUUCCCAGGUCCCAGUGAUUCCUAUUCUGCUACUCCAUCCUCUCAUGUUCAUCCUCAGACUACUACUCAUCCUGUUCUUAGGUUGAUGGGCAAGAAUUUAACGGUGGUAAACAAAGAUGAAGACGCAUCCAUAAAACUUGGGGAGUUCAUGCCAGGGGCACCAAGUGGCAGUCCAAAUGCAAACUAUUUGACUCUUCUUGGGUACUCUAAUGUCAAUGUCCCCAAUGAGGACUGUGUUUCAAUUUAUCGUGCAGCCCGAAAAGGUACCGUUUGUUAUGAUGUUGGUUUACCAAAUGGAUUCAAAAAUCUUGGUAAUUCUGAGACACACCAAAAGGUCAUCCUUCCACAAGGUGUAAAUUUUUCAAACAUGCAUAUAGGAGGGUCUGCAGGAUCUUCAUCGCAGCAUCGUGUGUUGCCUCAAGAAAAGUGGUUGAAUAGCCAACCAAGUCCCCCAUUUACUCAUGUGGAUAGAGUUGGUUCUUCUCCGCACCUCCAACAUCGGGGUGUUGUUCCUGCCACUGAAGCUAUUUCCAGUCCCAUUCAAGAGGUGAUAAUCAUUGAUGGCUCUCCAGAAAAUGAUGCUGAUUCAAGAAUGUGUAAUGCAAAAAACAGCGAGAAUUUAAGGGGGAGCCAGCCUUCUCCAGUGGGUAUGCCAACUUCAACUGCACCUACUUCUCAUUUGGGACAGGUGAGUCCAUUUCCUUGCUUUCAGUCACGGAAUGAUCAUAUGCAGAGGGAACCACCGGUAAGGACUAAGCCCAGUUUUCACGUAUCAUGCCCCGGAGGAGUAGAUGCAAUCCCUGUGAAGUGGAAAGGUAAUUUUGAAGGUUCCGGUGCGCUAUUGCAGGGUCCUGUCUUUGCUCCACAAGCUCGACGGGUUGUCUGAAACCUUGAGCAAAGCACUAUGACUGGGCUUUUCUGUGCUGGUCCUUUAAUCAGGAGUAAUUGUUCUUGCAUCCUUGAUUGCAUUUACAGGACUGACCGGGUGAAACUUGUUGCUCAGCUGCUUUGUUGGAAUUUUGAGCUUGUGCAGUGCUCCUGGCUGUGUGACAAAGAGUGCAGGUUCUUACAUGUUGUUAUUUUCUGGGAAGGGGGCCUGCCUGCAAAAUCUUAGCAUACAAAUGAACAUCUGUAGAGGGUUUGUAUUUAUUUUGAUCUGUUGACUGUUGGGUGAGACAUAAACAGUUUUUGAGGCCGCUGACUGCAAAAUUGCAGUCAUAAGCUUAACCCAAGAGUAAGCGAUGCUAUGUUUUUGAAUAAUUUAAGAUACUUUCCCAAUGUGAUGGAAAUUUAAAGAGUAUAUUUUUAUUUA